AUGUCUGAAAUAAAAUCUAUGAGUACCAGAGAAAAAAUAGGUACAACAACUAGAAGACUGAUAAAAUAUUUAUAUGAAAAUCGCAAUCAAGUUUUUAAACUGGAUAAAAUAUUCGAUGAUGUGCAAUCUUUUAUCUCUGAUCAGAAGAAAUUGAUAGAUCUUGUAUUCAUUUUAGAUGGGAUAGGAAUUUUGACAAGGAUAUCUAAAAAAAAAUUUGUUUUUACAGGCCUGAAGGGUAUGUGUAACAGAAUAAAUGAAUACAUAAAAAGGAAGAUACAAAAAGCAUCAAAUUAAAGAGAAGUUUAGAUGUUUUGCGAUGAAAUUUAAGUUAAUGGAAAGAAGAUUUCAAUAAAAUCAAGCAUAACACAAGGUUAGCUCUUCUAGGAUGUUUUAUGCAAUCUCACACUUCAGCCUAAUAAAUUAUUGCAACGUUCUCAGUUUGAAUAAAUCAUGGAAAGCUAUAGAGAAAUUCAAUCUAAAUCUCUCACUAACGAUCUCAAUAAUAUACUUAUGACUUUAUGUUUAGGAGAGAGAAAUGAAACAACAGAAACUAUCCAAUAUACUGGUCCUGAAAUAUUGAAUUACAAAAAAAUAACUUUGGAUACUUUGAAAAAUGUGAAUCCAAAUUCUUUGAAAACAGUCAUAUUAGACUCACAGAAGAAGGAUAAUAUUUACUUUUCUUACUUAAUUAAAGAAGUUGAUGAAAAAAGAGGUAAAAAAAACACCUUAUAGUCUGGUCUUUUUAAAGAAUUAGCUUUGGAAUAAGGGGAAAUAGAUAAAAUUAAUAGGAUUGUUGCUUAGUCCAUGCUGAGCACCAAUGGCUCGUAUUUUUCUUAAGCAGCUACAUCUUAAUAAGCUGUAAAUUAAGCAGCUCAGAAUUAACAAAAGUAGGAAGUGUAAAUUGAAAUUACAAAUACAAAAUAAGAGACAGAACAGGUUUAAAAUAAUAAUGACAAUGAUUAAACUGCAGAAAACUAAAGUGAAUUAAAUGAUAAAGACAUAGAAGAAAAUGAUAAAAAUAUGAAUUAAAAUGAAGAUACAAUAGAUAUAACUGAUGUUCCAAAAGCUCAUAUCUCUUAUUUUCCUAAAGUUGCAUUUGCUUUGCUCAAAGGAAGGACCUGGCAAUUUUAUAUUUAAAAAUUGCAAAUUAUAAUAGGAAGAUCUUUAAUUAACUUACCUCAAAAAAAAAUGAAUUGGCACAUUGAUUUAGAAGUUGGAGCUUCUAAAAAAGUUUCACGCUAACAUGCUGUUAUUUUAUAUAAUUUCGAAUAAAAGAGAUUUGAAAUAAAAUGCUUGUCUAAAAAAUUCCACAUAAAAGUUGAUAACAAUUUGUACUCUAUAAAAGAUGAUCCAGUUCCAUUAAAAAAUAAAUCUUUGAUAACAGUUGGAAAUGAGCACUUCUACUUUUUCUUACCCAAGAAUUUAACUGAUGAGAUAUAAAAAAAACACGAAAAGAUACUUCCAGAUGAGAUGAAUGCAGAAAGAGGUAGAAGAGAAGAAGACGAAGACUAAACACGUAAUAGAGAGGAAGGAGAUGAAGAAGAUGAUGAUGAAAUGGAAGGGGAUGGAGAAGAAGAUGAUCGUAGAUAUAGAUAAAGAAGAAACAUGAGCAUGGAUGGAGAAGAAGAGGAUGAUGAAGGAGAAUCGUUAAGUGAAAUAGAAAAUAAAUCUACAAAUCGUAAAAAACUUAAGAGAAAUCAAGAUGAUUAUGACAAUAAUGAGGAUUAUGAUUAUUACUAAAAUCGUGAACCAAAUUCUGAAGAAGAUGGAAAUAACGACUUUCUUAAUGAAGAGGAAAAAGAAUUCUUAAAAAAAACAAAUCAAAAUGUAAAUAAUAACGAAGAAGAAGAGGAUGAUGAACAAGAAAUUGAGGAUGACGAUGACGACGAUGAUGGUGAUAAUGAUGAUGAUGAUGAAGGGGAUGAAGAAGUGGACGAUGAAGAUGAAGAAGUAGAAAAUGAAGAUGAAGAGGAAGAAGAAGAAAUGGAACAAAGCGAAGAUGAAUGA